CGAUUUGUCGAUGACGGUGGACGACAGCAACAGCAAAACGGCAAUAGCGUGUGUGAAUUAAUUUUGAUUUUAAACAAAGUGUCUUUAUUUUUAUUCGUUGUGCUAUUAUCUGCCAUCGCUUUCGCUCAUGUGACGGUCCAUAUGCGAGCGCGUGCGAUAGUGAGAGCUUUUCCCCAAUUGUGUACAAUUUUCAAAUAUUUCCUAAUUAAGUUUAUAAUUAAAAUUAAUUGAAAAAUUACAUACAUAUGCUUAAAUGCUUUUAUAAGUGAAGAAUAAAUACAAAUGAUUGAGUGCUUCCAGUGACCACAGUAUGCGGACAGUGCAUAUCUGUACGAGUAUGUGAAUUUGGUUCAUACGUAUGUAUGCGUAUACCUGGUGUUUGAAUAACGAAUAAACAUAAUUGAGCAGUUCAAAAUACAAAUGAAAAAAAUCCCAGCGCAGCGGAAAAGCACUUGACCACCAAAAGGUGCAAAUGGCAACUCACGUCCUCCUGUUAUCUGCUUAAACCAGACAAAUCAUUCUGCGUUACCGCCUCGGAAUUUCAUAUUUGAAAUAUUUAAACUACACAACCAACAUAACUGCAUAUGCAAUAGGGUAUAUGCCGAGAUAUACCUUACGAAAGACGUAGCAAAACAGUGAAUGAGUGCGAACGCCAAAGGAGGGCAGCUGCUACACUUUUUUUAUUUAAUAAUAUUGACAGAGAGCGCUCUCGCCAUAAGAGAGCAGUCGUCAGAGCCGCAGCGCUUGCAGAGCAGCCCAAAAAGGCAAAAGCCGAACGAGUCAAAACAAAUUGUCUACGAAGAGACAGCAAAAGCAGAGCGCCAAAUAGCCUGGCAAGGCAAUACACGCCAAAAACACUAAAAAGACCCCCACAAAUUCACAAGCUAACACACAUACCCCCCAGCGAACAACAACAACAGCGAGAGCAAUAAAAACGCACCGAGCACUACUAACUAGCAGAAUCGAAAACUACAGCGCUGUGAGCGUUUCUAAGCUGUGUGCGAGCAAGUUGAGUGGUCAGGUUUGCUGGGCCACAGAGCUCAGUUGACUGCAAAGCGUUUGAAAUUUUUAAGUUUGCGAAACUCACUCAGUCAGUCAGUAGUCAGUAUUUAUUUGCUCAGCCGAGUGACGACCGCUUGGAGACGGUACGCGCGGCAUUUAAGGGUUAAACAGAAAAAUUGUUUUUUAAAUAAAUUUCUAUUUGAGCAACACCCCUUUGCGGCCGGCGAGAUCCGAGAGCGAGCGUACCACGAGCGUUGGUCUGACAUAGCGAUGGCGUUGUCGUCGUCGUCAUAAUCAAAGCACGUUUUUCCUUAGCUGGCUGCGGCGCACAUACUACUACAUAGAGACUUAAAAAUAUGUAUUUGGUUAUGUAGUGCUAGCUAUGUUUGGCCAGUGAAAUAGACAGACGAUACGGCACGCUGCCGUAAAGCGACAACAAAACAUCGUGUAAAAUCAACGAAUUUGACUGCCUCCACGAUUUGGUGUCGAGUGUGACGACGCUUACCUACCCAAAUAUCAAAAAAAAAACAAAAGAAACAAAAAAAAAAUAUCUUUAAACAACGAUAGACGCACAGGAGAAUGGCUGAACAGUUGGCCGGUCGGAACGUCUUGCUUCGUUAAGCUAGUGCCUGUUGUUUCCCUGACUGCGUGCGCUUGUCUGCUUGCCUGACUGCCUGCCUGCCUUACGCGUAAUCACACUACGAAGGAAGUGGAAGCCGACGGUGGAAAAAGAGAAGCAGAGCCGGAGGCAGAAGAAAACUCGUCGUCAUCGGCGUACUCAUCGCCUCGUCGUCAUCGUCGUUGCCGUUGUUAUCGUCGGUUGUGUGCGAGCAGCGCGCGUGAGUGUGUGAAAUCAAAAUCCUCAAAAUUGUCGCUGCCUGCCUACGGUUAACUACUUCCUUCAGCAUAUCCAGACAGAUUCACAUUUAGUACGAGAUCUGUGCGGUACGGUGCGUGACGGCAAUAUUUUCGGUUUAAGCGGCAAACACAAUACGAUUUUGUUUCGUUACGAAGUCGACUGAGCUCGAUUGAAAUCAUUCGUCUCGUUACGAUACGAUUUAGGCUGCUGCUGCUGUUGAUUUAGUGCGCUGCUGCGGUCAGCAAGAACAAAUAACACAUAAAACAUCCAAAAAUAAAAAUCAGAAAAUAAAAUUGUCUACAAAAAGUGCAAAAUUAUUGGAGAAACUUGUGGCCAUACUAGUUGUGCAGUAUCGCAGGUCGUCACUACUACACAGAUACAAACGGAUAUGGGUAUGAAAAAUGCAAAGCAACAACAACAAGACACAACUAAUGACGCAGAAAAGUAGUUGUGGAAGGUAAGCAGCGCAUAGAAAGUUGCAAUACAUUGAGCAUUGUGAACAUGCGACACGGCGCUAAGCAGCAGCAUAUACUAUAUACCGUCGUAGAAGACGCAGCUGAGGUAGCAGGACUUAAAUAUAGCGGCAGCUAAACGCUUGAUGACAGCGUUACGGGCACAAAAUACCAGCAUUAUAUACACGCAACAAGCAUUUGAAGAACGCUCGAAUGUGGCAUAAAGAAAUUCGUCUAACGCGCAGACUAGACACAGAUAAAAUAGAAAGACUAGCCGAAAACUAAGUACGCUGCUAACCGUAACGAGUUUAUAAAAAUUAAAAUACACACAUAACGGCAUAGAACGAAUGUAAUAAAAUACGACUGUGGCGCAGAAAUGUGGCAAAAGUAAUAAAAAUAAUAGAAAAUAAUAAAAAUAAGCGAAAAGUAAAGGAAACCUCACAGCUAAAAGGCCAGAAACAAGUAAAAACGUCAAGCAAACGGAAAGAAAACUAAGAAAAUUAAAGUGAAAAUCCAACUGAAACACGCUGCGCUGCGGCUUUACUGCCUUUCUGACUGACUGACUGCCUGCUGCCUGCUUGACGCUCGCACACGCCAGGGCCGGCCGGAGCAACAGCAACAACAACACAGUCUAGUAGUAGGGGGGAAAUAGCGAUAGCAAACAGCUAGAGGCACACUUCCAACAAUUGCGCGACAAGCCAGCUAGUCAGACAGCAAUCGAGCGACGCGUCGGCAUGCGACGAGACGAAGCCGUUUUCGUAAAGCGAAGAAAAGUGGCGAAAGAAAAUUCAUAAUUUUUAAUAUUUAAAAUUAAAGUGGAAGCAAAUACACACAAACACACGCACACGAAUACUAGCAUACAGCGCAAAGCGAUGAAAAUUGAGCGAAAAUAGAUAGCGGCCGUUGUAGUUGUUGUACGCGUAUAUAUGUAUAUACAUAGUUGUAGUGGUGUUAGUGAAUAGAAAAUAUCUGCACAAGAAAGUGCAAUUGAAUAUUGAAUAGGCACAGGCAUAGCCAAAGCAAAGCAAAGCGUGUGUGUGCUCUCAAACCAAACCAAACCAAAACGUCAACGCCAACGUCAAGGCGGGGCAAAGGAAGCGCACGCUUACAACCACAACAACAGCAAUAACAAAAACUACAAUAAAAUCACUCAAGCAAUUGUUCAAAUGUGCGCGCAUGUGUGUGGUUAAUUCAAAAGUAAAAUCGAAUUAAAGCGACGUAUGGGGUAUAAGCGUCUGCAAUAGUAUUUGUGUAUAGGCAUAUGCGCGCGUGUGUGUCUAGUAUAUGUGUGGUGUUGUUGGGCAUGUGCUGAGUAUAUGCACUUGUGCUUUCUUUACAAUAUUAAGUUUAAGCAAUUGUGAAGUGCUGUUGUUACAAUAUUAGUUAAGAAAAAAUAUAUAAAAAAUAUAAGAAUUAAAAUUAAAAAAAUAAAAAUAAAAGAAAAUUUAUAAAUUAAAACUAACAAAUAAUAUAUGUAGCUUAAGUUGAAACGUUGCUGAAAAUUACAACAAUAAACUAAACUGGUCUACGUGCUUUCCAUAAACGGGAAGACCAACAAAUUAUGUGCCAUUUUCUAAACUAAUUAGUACAGUCGAACCGAGACUAAAGCAUAAAAUACAAAAUAAAACCACAAGUAAUCAAAUUAAAUGAUGUAAAAUUAGUGUAUAUAAUAAUCCAUAAGUAAUAACAAAAACAACAAAUUUACAUGCUAAGCUUAGUGUAUUAUGUGCUAAUUACAACAAUGAAGAUAUAGUAAAUAAAAUAACACCGAUAUUUCCUAUAAUGCAAAGAAGCUUUAAAACUGCAACAAUAACAAAAAUCGAAAAAAAUAAAAUAAAAAACAAGUGGAAAUUAACAAGGUCGUAGGUAUUCUUAACAGUAUUAUUAACACGUUAACACACAAACUUCCACCUACCAAACCAAAACAACACGCGUGACCCCCACAACGUGAAAAAAAAGGAAAAUCAAAAAAAAAAACAUCCAAUACAAAACAAUCAUAAUAAAGCAACAGUGCACUAGCAGCACAACACGGUGCCACACAGCGCGCAAACACGACGCGACAAACCCACACAACAAAAAAAAAAGUAAUAAACAACAACAAACACAAGCGAAAGGCGCAUAAAACACAGGCUGGAGCAAAACCGUGUGGAGUCGACGCAGACAUACAAAAAGCGUGCGCCUGAAUUAGAAAAAUAACACAAAACAACGCAAACACACACAUACAACAACCAUCAGAAAAAAGAAAAACGAAAAUGUCCUGCAUAUCCAGCAAUUUCAGCUCGUUCUUCCUCAAUUCCCUCAACGAUUCAUCAGAAUUCGCCAAGUAUUUGAGCAAUGGCGAGUUAAAGUUUUCGUCCUUCGAGGAUUUUCAAGUGUUCGGCUCGGGUGCGGGCACUGGCACGUCACCAGGGUCGCCAUCGCCAGCAGCUGGUGCCGCAGCCUCAUCAACAUCAUUAACAGCGCAGCAGGCAGCAUCGCAGCAACAGCAACAACAACAGUAUUACAAUGGUGGUGGUGGUAAUAGUGGUAGCAACAACAAUGCCAAUAUAAGCGCUGGCGCCAACACAACGGGGUUACCAAGCGGCAUUGAACAGCCAUAUAAUAAUGGUGUGGCCGCAAUGAAUUCCAUUGGUAAUUGUGGCGGCACGGAAACGGCCAGCACUUCCGCAUUAACACCCGCCAACGCUUCCAAUACGGCACCGGCCGGCGUGCAACAGCUGCAACAUGGCGCACAUUUGCAUGCCGCACAUCAUACACACCAACAUCCCAAUACUCAUCUGUCACAGCACCCGCAUCCACAUCCACAUGCGCAACAUCCUUACGCCGGUCAUGCACCGCACACACCUGGCAGUCUAGCCGCUCCCAGCAAUGCCUUUCACCCACACAAUCACCUCGCUUCACCGCACCUGACAACAGCUGCGACGACGCCAAAUUAUCCGACAACGCCACAGCGUUGGACUACAGCUGCCGGUGCGAGUCCAAUGGUUAGCGCCACGUCCGGCACACCACAUCCUAUAACACAAUUGCAGAAUAGCAAUCAAUCGGGCGCGCCUAUUGCUGCCAAUCCGAGUGGUGCACAGCAUUUCGAUGGUUCCUUUGAAUUCCUAAAAUACCUGCGUCACUCGAACGAUUACAAUAAUAGCGAACCGCAAGGUGAUGUUGCCGCUGGCAACGCCUCAGCUGGUCAAGCGCAAGCAUCAUCAUCAUCGUCGUCUAGCUUGAUCGAUUUGGAUAGUAGCACGUCGCAUAAGUCACGUUCUUCACGCAAAGCCGCCGCUCUAUUGUCUUCCGUAUCGCGCACUUCGAAUAGCCUUGAUGCCAAUGCGCUGGACGUCUUCGAUCAUGAUUCCAAACACACCAUUUUCGAUAUGCAUCACAUUACGGCUACAAAUAGUUCCAACUCAAAUGAAUCAUCCAUGGAGGUAUCCAAUUUGGCCUUUCCCAGCUCACACCUCAACGCUUCCAACUCGAAUACUUCUUCUGAGGGCGCCGCCACAGGCAGUUCGGAUUUCGCUUUGCUACACUCAAGUUCGGCGGCUAGCGCGCCCAAGCCAUUGGCUACCUUCACCAUCAAAGACAACUUUGAUGUGCAUCCAUCGCAUAAGGUGGAGGAGGGCAUAUUCCAGCAUAUGAAUAAGUUGCCGGCGAAGAAGAAGGAAAAUUUGAAACAAUUGGGUGUGCGUUUCACCGGUCAAAUGACGCUCUCGGAUAAAUCGAUAGUUGUCGAAAACUUCAUCAAGUUCUGUCAGGAGUACGACGUACAGGAUCAUCGACCAUUUCUCUCACUCAAUCAAAGUGGCUUAAAUAAGGCGGAUCAAAUAAAGUUUGCACGUUAUUUGGGACAGGGACUACCCACAUUUACGCUUUUCUGCAUUUAUAGUAAUUUCAAGAAUCUUUUCUGCACUAAACGAACAGAAAUCUACACAAAAGAUGGUUACAAUUUGCCUUAUAUAUUGGACAAAACGAAACGUUUUCUAUCGAAUACAACAGCAGAUUUAAAAAACAUGGUGCAUCAGCAAUCCAGUGAUGGCAUGGAUGUGGGACCGAAUGCUGGCGGUGGCUUGGAUGGUGUCCGAGUCGGCAGCGGAUUUGAUGCGUUACCAGCGCGUUGUAUAAUGCCAAAGGUUUUGGAAAAUCUAAUGAUUUACGAAAAUUUCGAUGUACACGAAACACAUCGUGUCGAGGAUGGGGUCUGUACACAUAUAACACGUUUGCCGCCGAAAAAGCAGGAAAUAUUCAAACAGUUCGGUAUUCAGAGUAAUCAAACGGUAACCUUUUACGAAAAGUACAUAAUCGUCGAAAACUUCAGCAAAUUUUGCAAUGAAUAUAAGAUUUCCGAUCAUAGACCCUUUUUGGACUUCCAUGAGAGUGGCUUACCCAAAUGUGAGCAGGUCAAAUUUGUACGAUAUUUGGGGCAGGGACUACCAAAUUUGACACUCAACAAGAUAUACUUAUCCUUCAAGGAUUUAUUGGGAAUGAAUCGCAUUGAGAAAACAACCGCUGAUGGCUACAAUUUGGAUAUGAUUUUGAAGAAGAAGAAAAAGAAUUUAUACAAUCGCAUGCAGGCCGCAGUUCAUAGAGAGAGUAGUGAACCGGCGCCGUCAACUCAAGCCAACAACACCCAACCGACAACCGCACAACCGACGCAUCUCGAUGGCUUCAAGACCUAACAAUAACCAUUACAAGCGCACGAGUGCUAUAGCAUGGAGUGGCGACUAGGCGUGAUGUGGCGGUGGAGUGCAAAGCAAAUGAAAGGAUUAAACUUGAAAUUAUACUUCCUGGAACUGGACCCGAAACUGUUGUGUCUUCAAAAAUUCAUGCAAAAAAUUAUGUUAAUUAAAAAUUAUUAAAAUUAAAUGAAAAACACGCGAAAGUAGAAAGAAAAUAUUCAUAAGUGCUAAAUUUAGAGGUUAUGGUUGUUAAGUUCAAAAUUUGUUUUGAUAAAAAAAACCAAAAAAUAAACAAAAAUCAGUGCGAAAGGACAAAUUUCUUAAAAACUAAAUGUGUGCAAAUUAAGACAAGCACACGUUAAUAAACUAUAUACAAAUACAGCAAAGAAAAAAACAAAGAAAAAAAUCAAAAACAACAGCAAAAGCAAUGUAGCGAUGUAUGCUAAGUUAGAGAUAAAUGAGGAUUCACAUUAAAAAAGUGUAAUGAUUGCAAGAAUAUUAAACAAAUCAAAAGAUAUGUAACACAAAGCUAGAAGAAGCAUUAGAAUUUUGAAGAAAUAUACAAUCAGAUAAUUUAUAACAUUAAAAUUCGU